UUCACGAUAAAAGACUUUAAUCAUUCUCACUCGAUAAUCGUACGUUCUUUAUUGUGACUUUCUUUUACAUCGUCUGACCAGUGUAAAUUUUCCGUCUGCUAGUACCAAAGAAUGCAAAAGUUCAAGUGUUAUUUGCUGCUAAUAGUAGCGUGCGUUUUUGUCACCGGUACGAGUGCGGAUUCGGCUGUUGAUGAGUACGAUGAAACUGGCCGCUAUACCAUCGAAGGCAAAGUGUACCCUCCGGAACUGUUCGGUGGAUUGGACCUUGCCUGGCAAAUUGACACACAAAUCUCCAUCAACGGUGGGGAGUACAAGGGUUUCCUGAAAGAGGAUGGAUCCUUUAUCAUCAGCUCGGUUCCGUCGGGCAGUUACGUGGUGGAAAUAAUAAACCCAGACUACUAUUACGAAUCUGUGCGCGUUGAAAUCAACCCGAAGGGUAAAUUCCGAGCACGGAAGCUCAAUUAUGUGCAGCCUUCGCAAGUCGUGCAGGUACCGUAUCCGUUGAAACUGAAGGCACUAACACGAUUCCGCUACUUCCAACAACGGGAACAAUGGAAAAUCACCGACUUUUUGUUCAAUCCGAUGGUUCUGAUGAUGAUUCUGCCUUUGUUUAUUAUGCUGGUACUGCCCAAAAUGAUGAGUGAUCCGGAAACGAAAAAAGAGAUGGAAAAUUUGAACCUUUCCAAGAUGACAAACGAUAUGCCAGAAAUCAGUGAAAUGAUUACAUCGUUCUUCACGGGUGGUGCACCAUCGGCUGCAGUUAAGGAUAAGGAAAAAUCGAAAUCCGGUGGUAGUAAACAGAGCAAGAAGAAGAACUAGGCUUUUGGGAAAGUCUAAUCCCUUAGUGUGAUUCUUUCAAAUGUAUUUAUUGUAACAUAUAGAACAAUAUGUUGAAGGACGAAUAAAUAAAAUUGACAAAAUUGAAAUAAUCAAA